AGUUUAAUGAUAUUUCUUGUAUAUUUUACACUAUUUUGGAAGAAAAAACCGGUGAUUUUUAAUAAUAUAGGCAUAAUUAUAAAUGCGAUCUGACAAAUAAAUGGUUCAAAUUGACUUAAAGUAACUUUUCUUUCGUUAGUUUAGUGUGUUUUAUCAGUUUAUAAUAUAUUAAUUUCAUUAUUUUUAUCGAAACAGGUCAGCAUCUACUCUUCUUUGUUAAUUGAAAAUGGGUAGGAGCAAGCAAACGAAUGGAAUUCACAAGCAUAAUCACCAUAAUCAGAAAAAUGAAGCUGUGGAAAAGAUGCAUUUAAUGUUAGGCGAUCUGAGAAAGUCUAUAUUUAAAGUUCAAGAAGAAAGAUCUCAUAGCGAGCAUACUUUAAUGUCAUCGUAUUUAAGACAAAAGCUGAAAGGACUCUAUUGUACUGCUAUGCAAGACGCUCAAGCCGAAACCACUGCCAUUAGGGAUGCCCUUAGGAGAAUUACUGAUAUAAAACAGUUCCUAUCUCAAAGAGUUCAAUUAUCCCAACCUAAAGAAAAAUUACGAAGAGGCGUUCUACUCUCAAUACUACAACAAAGUGCUAAUAGUUUGCCUUUGUGGGUUGGAGAGUUGGGCGAGGAAAGCCCUCCAUUGAGUGGAUCAAAACCGGCUCCGACGGAUUAUAUUCCACAGGUUGGAGAUAAGAUAGCUGCUAGGGUAAAGAACAAUGAUGGCGAAGAAAAUUGGAUUCUAGCAACAAUAACAAAUCAUUGGCCUUCUACUAAUCGUUUCGAAGUGGAGGACGUUGAUGAAGGAAACGAAAAAUAUCGUAUAGCCCGUUCGAAAGUUCUUCCGCUACCAAUCUAUAAAGCUAACCCGGAAACUGAUCCAGAUGCACUCUUUCAAGUCGGAGAUGACGUACUGGCCUUGUAUCCUCAGACAACUUGCUUCUACCACGCUAUUGUUCAUAAACGUCCAGAAAGGGCAACCGACAAUUAUCAAUUACAAUUUGAAGACGAUUCCUAUCCAGAAGGAUUCUCUCCUCCAUUACAAGUUGGACAACGCUAUGUUGUUAACUUACCCGGUAAAAAGAAGCGCUAA